CAGGUCCAGGGCUGAGGCGCACCGAGCCACACAGACUUUUGCAUAGUGAUAAGACUCCUUGGAAGAAGAAGACCCGCAAAGCGAGCUGACCUGCGACGUUUUUAGACGUUCAGCGUGAGAGCUGGACUUUUUUUGACGCGUCACGGUUAAAGAGACCCCUUGACAAGAGAACACAAUUGGAUAUAUUGUAUUUUAAAGAAAUCUGGACAUCCUGGGAAUAAUUGAAACUUUCCUCACUCUCUGAGUGUCCUGGAUAGUUUUGUCUUGUGAAGUUUGUGACUUGGAAAUGUCGUUGAUUAAAUGUAACCUAUUGCGCUUUUAGCCAAAAAACGCACACUUUUGCGCAAGGUGGACUAAAAAAAAGAAGAAGACUAAACAUCACUUUGGAGACCAAGCGCCCUGAAAUUAAAACUUGGAGGUUUAUUAUUCAUCCAAUUCAGUGGAGAUCCUUUUUUUUUUUUUUUUUAAAUUUUUAAGCGCUUUCUUCCUCCUCUCUUCUCCGGAUAAUCUCUACCGGAGAAACGACAGUGUGGACGGACCGUCUACGCGCGCGCAGCUCUGCAGUGCGAGCCGCCGUCCCUCCCCGCGCGCAGUGCUGAGGAGAGAGGGACCUCUCGCGCUUCCAUAAAUGCCCGGUCCGUCGAAGUGGCUCGAGGCUGGGCAGCAAGAUGAGCUCGUGGGUACAGCUGCUGCUCGCGUUGCUGGCGGCGUGUCUGCGGUUUGGCGUGGCCGAGGGGGAGCCUCUGCCUGCAGCCCUGGUGGAGCUGGUUAGGAACAGCCCCAUCUCCUCCAUAGAGGACCUUCAGCUGCUGCUGCUCACUGACUCCGUAGAUGAGGAGGACGGGAAUUCUGCAGCCAAUGGAGGUCACAGACUACCAAGGAGCCUCGAUGCCCAGCCGGCUCAGCAGGCUCUGUGCAAAGUUCGUACAGAGGUGGUUGAGGUCACCAGGGCGAUGUUAGACCGCAGCAACGCUAACUUCCUGCUAUGGCCGCCCUGCGUCGAGGUGCAGCGCUGCUCUGGCUGCUGCAACACCAAGAGCCUGGAAUGCAACCCUGUCGUCACGCACACCAGAUACUUGCAGGUCAUGAAGAUCGAGUACAUCAACAAAAGACCCACUUACGCUAAAGCUGUGGUGUCAGUUGUCGAUCAUGUGGAAUGCCGAUGUCAGCUGGCUCCUCGCCCUCCUGUGCCAAAGAAAAAAUCAUCGCGCAGACAGCAUAACCACCACCAUCGAAACCACACACUCAGCCAAGAAAACGGCCAGGUCAAGAUGCAGUCCAAAGAUGAACUCCAUCAGUGGGAUGAACUGAAGCAGAACCAGAGGGCCAACCUGGAGGACCUCCUGGAGCAGCACUGGAGCCCCAGAGGAGACACCUUCACUCAGCCAGAAGAAGGGUACAGCCUGGCUGGGAAAGACACAUCUCGCUCUGGAGAGGCUGUCCUUUUUGCUCCACAUUGGGCGCAUAAUGCCACCAGGCUCCUUGAGACUAAAGACCAAACUGAAAAUCUGGAGGAUGUUGAGAAGACAAGUGGGAGGAUCUCAGAUGGCAACAAGACUGUUUCCUCAGUGGAUAAUGUUGACGUUGAGGUAAAGAAAGAGUUGGUAGAAGGUGGGGAGGGGCUGCUACUCAGCACUGAAGGGAAAGUUAAAGAGGGAAUCGGUAGCAGAGACGAAGGCAUGCAAACACACAGUCCAUUAUGGCAAGACGACAAAUCCAAACUUUCAAAGAGCCACACAAGUGGAUCUUCUCACCCUGUUAAUCAGAAUCCUGAAGCCAAGUCCAGUCCUACUAAGGCGCCCAGUGAGAGAGUUGGGAACAGGUUACGAGCGACUAAAGAGCCGAAUCCAGAGCCUCGGGAACAGGCGAGACAGAGAGACAAUGAAACUCCUGAGGAGGUGAGAAUAUUACAGAUUGAGGAGGAAAAACUGGAGCAGGAGAGGAAAGAGCUUCUACUUCUCCACAAGAGGCUGGACCAAGAGAAGGAAAUUUUGAGACAGCAGCAGAUGAAACGAGAAGAGGAGGAAAGGCAGAAAGAAAAGGAAACGGAGAGCCAACAUCACCUGCAUGGUAAACAUCAUCAUCAUCUGCAAACAACAACACAGGGACCAGCGACAACAUCAACGACUACCACACAGCAGCCAUCAGCUCCAGCAGGCCCCAGACCCCCAGCCCGUCCAAGGAAAAAGAUUAGGAAGAAUCGCAAACGAAUCAGCAAGGCAGCUAUGAGAGCAAUGCUAAUGUAAAGCAAAAUAAAGCCAGGACACCAAGUGAACUUGGUUCAUUUCGUGGAUCCAGAGGUGAAGCAGAAUGACUCCCUUCAUAUAAGUACUUAUUCACUUGUCAGUAACCUGCUCGUCCUGUGAGAUCUCCUCCGUAACACUACUAAUGACUGUCUGGUGAACCUGUAACUACACCUGUGUGGAGUAAGACGAGGAUGAGAAGAAAAUGGAAUAUAAAUAGAAGGUGGACCUUGUCAAGAAAAUUUGCUUGCCUCUACAACGACAGUUGCUGGUAUGAAGACUGACAAAUUGUGUUCAAGUCCAGAACCUGUGGGGUGCUGAAACUGCAUCGCUGUAGAACUGUGGACAAUUGUGCAAUUUCUUCUUGAAACCUUGUUUUGAUAUCAACAGAGAUAAACUGCACUUAGAUGUUGACAGAACCGAGUCUAUAUGGGGUUUGAAUUAAAAAGUCUGUUGCUGAAAGACUUUUUUGAAAACCACAAUCAGAUGGACGACAAAGGACACCUGGGCGAAAAAAUUGACGUAAAAAUGGACAUUACUCUUUUGUGUCAUUGAAGAUUCUGUUGUAUUUUAAUCAGAUAAUCUUAGAAACAAUAAUCUGCAACAAAAAGUGAUGUUGACUGAAAUGAGCAGUCUCUCCACAAACUGAGGGGCUCAGUGUUGGGAAGAUAAAGCUGUGUAGAUUUACCGUACCAUGGCCUGAUAUCAUUUAUUAGCUCCGGAAAAAACAGUGAUGUCCUCUCAUUAAUCGUAUUUAAUUAUAUUUAACUCAUUGCAAACACUGGAAUAACACAGAUGUGAUACGAGAACAAAAACAUUAUAUGUUGCAAUUCAAAAUCUCAUUACAGGUGUGAAGAAAAAGGUGCUAUCUGAAUACGAGGUGAUAGCGUUGCACCUGUGACCUGACGUCGCGCUAUGUUUCUUAUUUAUUUAUCUCUGCCAUUUUCUUUGGAUUAACUUUUUUUAUACAAUUUACUACAAACAAGAUGAGGUUGGUGAUGGCUGGGUGGAUUCAAAUGGAAAGAAAGACAAAGAAAGUUUUAAAAAAGAUCAAAACCUUCUGUGUCCUCCCAGAAUCAUGCAGUGUUUAACUUCUAUGUCAAAAAAGUGUCUGUUUUGUAUGACUAAGAGUGUUGUGUUGUGUGUGUAAGGGCUUGGGCCAACACCUGCACUGCUGUCAUGCAUCUCAAUACUCAUGUAGAAGCAUUAAUCUGUUUUUCUCUGUCUCUUUCUCUCUUUGAUAAAGACAUGUCUCUCUUCCAUUGAAACAAUCACAUUCCUUUUAAACUCUUGGAGGAGGGAAAAUAAACCCCUAUGUUUCUUUAAGGGCCCCCACUGCAUUUGUUUUAUUAUUCCACAACACAAAUUAUUCCACAAUUUUUUUGACAUUUCAAUUACAGGAAGCGAAAAGCAAGAAAAGCAAGAGUCACUUAAAAGGACAGCAAAAAACUAAACAUUGCAAAUGUAAAAAAUGUUGUGUCCUUUAUAUUUCCAUUAGUAACAACAUGUGGAAACAUGCUGGUGAUGAUAUUUGUGUCCAAUGAUCCAUAAUUGGCCAAAAAAAACAUUACCCGCACGUUCUUUAUGCCAACUUACAACUGUUACUGUUUUUGUCUGUUUUAUUAUGACAAAAAAAGCAAAAUGUUUGCAAUAAUUAAUGCUAUUUUCAUAUGGGUAUAAGAAGUUAAUGUGCUUAAAUCUAUUUUGUUUUGUGUUUUUAUUCCUUUUGCACCAGUUACUCUUCUGUAUCUAACAAAUUAGCUUCUAAAAGGCCAAAGGUUUGUCAUGAAAUGUACAAAAUGCUUUUCAGAAAAAAUCUCACUGGGCCAUGAAUGUCAACACGUGAUGAGCAACAGACAAAUAACAACAAAGCCUUAAUUAUUUCAAGAGUCCAUAGUCAUGCUAGUUGCUCUGCAAGGUUGUACUUAUGCACUGCGAUGCUUCAAUUGAAAUGCUAAUGAAACAUGCUAACAUGCUGAUGCUAAGCAGGUAUCAUUUUUACCUUGUUUUGCGUCUAAGUUAGCAAAAUUAGCAUUCAAAUAUUUGUUAAUUGUUACUAUACAAACAAAAUGUACAGCUGGUGGAAUUG